AAGUCACGCUCGCUGGUGCACCGGCGCCUCGUUUUGUAGUCGUGGCUUCUGCAUCCCCUGCUUUAGAAAUCCCACCCGGACUUUUAAAUAAAAAAAAACGCAUUCGCUUUAGUCUUUUUGUUUCACUUAGGUGCUAAUUUUGCUUAAAUUAGCUGCUUUCCUCCCUGCUAAGCAAUGGAAACGGAGGGUAACUUGAAUAAAAAACAGAAGCUAAGCAACGCUGCUGAGAGCUGGGGAAUGCAACGCGCAACAAAUGUCACCUAUCAGGCUCAUCAUGUAAGCAGAAAUAAACGGGGUCAGGUUGUAGGCACAAGAGGAGGAUUCAGGGGUUGCACUGUGUGGCUGACUGGCUUGUCUGGUGCUGGAAAGACUACAGUCAGCAUGGCUCUGGAGGAGUACCUGGUUUGUCACCGAAUCCCCUGCUACACCCUGGAUGGGGACAAUAUUCGCCAAGGUCUGAACAAGAACCUAGGUUUCAGCCCAGAGGACCGUGAAGAGAACAUUAGGCGGAUUGCUGAGGUGGCCCGGCUUUUUGCUGAUGCAGGAUUGGUCUGCAUCGCAAGCUUCAUUUCCCCUUACAGCCAAGAUCGGCUCAAUGCACGGAAGAUCCACGAAGCAGCGGGACUACCGUUCUUUGAGGUUUUUGUAGAUGCUCCGCUGGACGUUUGUGAGCAGAGGGAUGUGAAGGGCCUUUACAAAAGAGCCAGAGCAGGGGAGAUAAGAGGAUUCACUGGCAUCGACUCUGAGUAUGAGAAGCCAGAAGCUCCAGAGCUGGUGCUGAAGACCGACUCCUGCAGCGUGAAUGAGUGCAUCCAACAGCUGGUUGACCUGCUUCAAGAACGGGAUAUAGUUCCGGUUGAUGGUUCCUAUGAAGUGAAAGAGCUGUAUGUUCAGGAGAAUAAAUUGGACCUUGCUAAGGCUGAUGCAGAGACUCUUCCUGCUGUGCAGAUUGGAAAGUUGGACAUGCAGUGGGUGCAGGUGCUGGCUGAAGGCUGGGCCACUCCUCUGAAUGGCUUUAUGAGGGAAAGAGAGUUUCUGCAGUGUCUUCAUUUUGACUGCCUGCUGGAUGGUGGUGUGAUCAAUCUUUCCGUGCCUGUGGUGCUGCCGGUGUCCACGGCCGAUAAGCAGCGUUUGGAUGGCGUCACCGCUAUGGCCCUGGUGUACGAGGGCAAAAGAGUGGCCAUCCUUCGUAACCCGGAGUUUUAUGAACACAGGAAAGAAGAGCGCUGUGCUCGGCAGUGGGGCACUACCUGUAAAGACCACCCUUACAUCAAGAUGGUGAUGGAAGGGGGGGACUGGCUGGUAGGUGGAGACCUGCAAGUUCUGGACAGGAUCCGUUGGAAUGAUGGUCUUGACCAGUAUCGACUUACUCCCAACGAGCUGAGGCAGAAGUUUAAAGAAAUGAAUGCAGACGCCAUCUUUGCCUUCCAGCUCCGUAACCCAGUCCACAACGGCCACGCCCUUCUGAUGCAGGACACUCAGAAGCGUCUGAUCGAGCGCGGCUACCGCCGGCCCGUCCUGCUGCUGCACCCGCUGGGCGGCUGGACCAAGGACGACGACGUGCCGCUGCCGUGGAGGAUGAAGCAGCACGCUGCAGUGAUGGACGAAGGCGUGCUGAAUCCAGACUCCACCAUUGUUGCAAUUUUCCCCUCCCCCAUGAUGUAUGCGGGGCCAACCGAGGUUCAGUGGCACUGCAGAGCGCGGAUGGUGGCUGGAGCCAAUUUCUACAUCGUCGGCCGAGACCCUGCAGGCAUGCCUCACCCUGACACGGGAAAGGACCUCUACGAGCCCAGUCAUGGAGCCAAGGUCCUCACCAUGGCUCCAGGCCUCAUCAGCCUUGAGAUAGUACCCUUCAAGGUCGCUGCUUACAACAAGAUCAAAAGAGCCAUGGACUUUUAUGACCCCAAGAACCAUCAAGAUUAUGACUUCAUCUCAGGCACCCGCAUGCGUAAGCUGGCUCGCGAGGGACAGAACCCUCCGGAUGGCUUCAUGGCGCCGUCGGCCUGGGCUGUGCUGAAAGAGUACUACAAGUCACUGGAGAAGGCCUGAAGGUUCGGAUCCUCGCACGACCAAGACGGGAAGAAUGGGAACAGUUUCUGCUCCACACGAGGGGACCACUCACAUCUAAAACACAAACCUCAGCCCGGCUUUUAUCUGUCACUUUCAUGCUCUUGGUUUGCUUUUAAUCUUGAUUGCAUUUUAGCUGUACGUGCUUUAUUUAUCUACAUUUAUUCUUAAAAAAAAAAAAAAAACUAUGAAAGAGGUCAGUUUGCUGCAAACGUGACAUUUUAUAAAAGUAGACGUUAGUGUUUCAUUAACUCUAAAACUGUAUUUUCUAACGACGUACAAUUGUACAAAAAUAAUCAGAGAAAGCUCCUGAUGACCUGAAUGGAUGGAACUGUUGAACAGGACUUGAAUGUUCAGGAAUGAUUUUUGAGUUUUAUCCACAUCUGAAGUGUUACUGCUGGAGUUCACCUUUUGCACGCCUGCAGCCCAAAUAAGCUUCUUUGUAUUGUGAAAACUGGCUUUGACAGUUACAAAAGACAAAAGAUGUGUGUGCACAAGUAUUAAGUGUGAGUUGAGUGCCUUGGUCUCACAGUCCAUUCACAUGUCUUGUUUAAAAAAAAGAACAAAUGCAACCUUUAUUCAUUUUUUUUGUUUCUUUUGUCCCAGCUGUUACAUUAAUGUAAAACGGUAACAAUUCAAUACAAAUCUCAGUCCUUUAACUCAAGUCUAUCAUUUUAACCUCAUUUUGCAUGUAACUAUUACAUUUGAUCACAUAUUUAACCUUUUCUUUCUUUUAACUGCUAACAUUUUUCUGUAUUUUCCUCAAGUUAUUCUAUAUAUUUAGGUGUUUGGAGUUGGGGUAAUAUUAUUCCUUGUCCAAUAAACAAUUUCUAGAAAACAGA